AUGACUAUCGCCAAUAACCGCCCUCAAGAUGUAUAUAGCGCUCUCAAACAAACAGACGAGGCUGUGAAAAAUCUCGAAUAUGAAAAAUAUGCCAAAGUGGCACCUGAAGAUUCGGUUGCUCGCACCAAGGCCGCACUUGAAGCCAAUGGGUUUACCGUCCACGUAAAAGACACUAGAGAAGAAGCUCGUGAAUUGCUAAAGACAAUUAUUCCAGCUGGUAAAUCUGUCAACAACGCUCAUUCUACUACAUUGGAAGAGAUUGGAUUCAUCGAGUAUCUAAAGGGUGAGACUGGCUGGGACAAUGUACACAGCAAAAUAUUGGCCGAGACCGAUUUUGUAAAGAGUAUGGAAUUGAGAAGGACUGUCGGAGCUACAGUCGACUACUAUCUAUCUGGUGCAUCUGCCGUUACCGAAGAUGGAGCUAUCGUUGGUGUUGAUAUGAGCGGUACCCGUGUUGGUGGAUGGCUUGUCGCUGCCAACCUGAUAGUCGUGACUGGUACCAAUAAAAUAGUAAAGGACCUACCCGAUGCAAUCAAGAGGGUCGAGAAAUACGCAUAUGAACUGGAAUCUGCUCGUGUGCGAAUUACCUACGAGGGGGUACCAAGUUCCACCAUAGCCAACUAUGCAAUUAUUAAAAAAGUUUCAUACAAUAGAGUGACAGUUGUGCUUAUCAACGAUGUAUUAGGAUACUAA